AUGAAAGCCCUCGUCCUAUCCCCCUCCGAAAGCUCCGUCUCUGUCAGAAAUAUUCCGAAACCAUCUCCAGGUCCUCGAGAGAUCCUCAUCAAGAUCUACGCCGUCGCCCUAAACCACGUUGACGCGCUCUACGCCAAAAACCCCAUUGCUGCCCAAGACGACCGCGUCACUGGCAGCGACUUUUCAGGAGAGGUUGUGCAACUCGGCGAGGGCCUUGACGUUGUCGAUGACCCGCGGGCAAAGAUUGGAACUCGCGUAGCCGGGUUUGUCCAAGGAGCCUGCUCCGUCAAUCUCCGCCCGGGCGCCUUUGCAGAGUACCUCGCCGUCGAGUACGACCUGACAUGGCACAUCCCGACGACAUUGUCCUUCGAAAGCGCGGCGACAAUCAGUCUUUGCGGUCUAACGGCUGCCCAGGGCGUCUUCGCCCGCCUGCAACUACCGUGCCCGUUCUUCAACACAAGAGGUUUCACGGGCCUCGACCUCGCUGACGACAGCCCUGCCAACAUCUUCAUAUAUGGCGCGACCUCAUCCCUCGGCCUGUACACGGCACAGCUUCUUCGCGCUUCUGAGAAGACCGCUGGUCGCAGGAUACGGCUCAUCGGCGCGGCCAGCGCCUCGAAGCACGCCAUGUUGAAGCAGGGACCGUACGGCUAUAACGUUCUAGUCGACUACUGUGAUGUCGACUGGGUCGAGCAAGUGCGUCGUGCGGCCCGGGGAGGGGUGCAAUACGCCAUCGACGCCAUAUCCAAAAGCCCGUCGGUUGAGCAGGUCGAACAAACACUAGCAGAGGACGGCGCUACGCUCCCCGCGAACCCCGACGCGAGACGAUUCACGGCCGAGUUUUAUAAGUACAUGGGCUCUGAAGCCUCUUCUGGAGUUGUCAAGGUGCAGCCGAACGCUGUGCGCCUGAUGCCGGGCGGUUUGGAGAGGAUCGCUUUGGAAGGGUUUGCGUUGUUGACUGGUGCCGGAGGGGAACGGCCCGUUAGCGCCGAGAAGAUUGUGUACACCAUCUCUUGA